UUCUCUUGACAGCAAACAAAAUGCUGACGAUACUCAAAUGGGUACUCUUGGUUUUCUUCUUGCAUUCAGAAAUUGCUGAAACAUUCGGGAUGAAGAGAGGAAAUUUUUUGAAAGUUUUUACGGUGAUUAAUUUUCCCAACCAAGCUUGCAACACUACUGUCACCAACAGAACAGGAGUUUGUUAUACGCUUCCGGAGUGCAGAAGCAGAAAAGGUAUUCCUCUUGGAUCCUGUGCCGGUGGGUUUGGAGUGUGUUGUUUGUUCGAAAUAUCUUGUGAAGAAACAAGCAGCAAUAACGGGACAUACCUUACUAGUCCUGAUUAUCCCAGUUUCUACGAUCAGGAAAGAACGUGUGCCAUUACUAUUAGGAAACUGAACAGCAAUAUAUGCCAAAUUCGACUAGAUUUCAAUGUUUUUCAGCUGCGACCACCCUUUGAAGGAUCGUGUUCCUUGGAUAGAUUGGUAGUCAGCGGGCAAAGUCAAAAUAGUAUCAUACCACCUAUAUGUGGCACUAAUAAUGGACAACAUUUAUAUAUAGGUAUUUCGGGCACAGAAGGAUCUAUAAUGAUAAACGUUAUUACACUAGGAAGUCAUCAGAGGAAGUUUGAUAUAAAAAUAUCGCAAAUUUCCUGUACUGAUGUAGAUAGAGUUCCUUCAAACUGUUUGCAAUAUUACACGGGUAUUCAAGGAAAUAUAAAAAGUUUCAAUUAUAAUUUCGAUCCAAGAUUCGAUCAAAUUCAAGGCAAUCAACCUUUCGAAACUGUAGAGAAUGGUUACUUUAACAAUCUCGAUUAUGCUAUAUGCUUUAGAAAAGAGCUGGGUUUCUGCAGCAUCACCUUCACUGUUGCCAACUCUACAGUGUCCACUACUGGGAAUAAUGUUCCCUCUCCUUCCUUCGCCAUUAGACAAGGCGACGGAUCUUCUCCUGUACAAGGAAUGGCUCAAGCUGGUCCUACAGAAUGUCAAUCAGAUUACUUGAUCCUAGCCAACAUACGAUUCUGUGGCGGUCGUUUAAAUCCCGAUCUCACGGGAUCUCCUAAUGUUAACGCAGAUGUUGUUGAUGUGACUUCCGGACCGUUUAUUGCACGUUUCGUGACAGACCGAAAGUAUAAUGAGAGAGGAUUUGACUUAAAUUACCGCCAGAAUCCAUGUACAGUAGCUGGAUGA